GACUCCUGUCGUUGUUCCUGAAGGCCUGCUGGUGAAUCAUCCAGGUCCACUGUAAUACUGGCAGCAGUUUUCUGUUUCUUUGGAAAGAGAUCUAGAAUACUCUUUUGGUUCAGUUUCUAUAAUUUAUUGCUGAGUCAGUCGGACGAACAAAUGCUUCAAGUAUCCACUGGCAUGAGACACACUAGCUUGGAUUUCCUGGAGGGUAUUGUGGAAGAUUUCGGGACAUUGUCAGAGCGCUUUUCAUCCGCCAUUAGUAAAUCGAGGAAUGAGCUUCGUAUACUAGAUGGUGAUGCUGCAGGUGAGAGUGUUUGCGCGCGCAUCGCCGAAUGGCAAACGCGAACGGGUGAAGAUCACGUGAGUACGCGCCAUUUGGGAAUCACACCGUGACCUUAUGGGCCUACUCAUGACUCCGAAGGGCGAUUCACGUACUCAGAAAUCUUCUCAACAAGCCUCUCUAGAGUGGUUGUCGGCAGAAUAUCACGACUUGAAUGGAGACCACAUCGAUAUCUUGGAAGGCACCCCAACUGCUUUGGAAUUUGCACGAAUCGUGCAGAUAUCACGACCCGUCUUGAUCAAAAGAUUCCAGGCAUCCAGCUGCAAAUGGUCGAACGAUUAUCUGAUCAGCAAGAUGGGCUCUCGCCCAAUAUCUGUGGCUGUCACUCCCAAUGGGUGCGUGCGCGCAGAUGCUAUAACCCUAGGUCCUAAUGGAAAACUAUACUUUGCAGAGCCCGCGGUGGAAAAAAUGACAAUGAAAUCUCUAUUGGACAAUCUCUCAGAUGAUAAAGCCUCAGACGGCGAUGCGGAAAAAUAUUACCUUCAAUCUCAAAAUGGAAACGUGUAUUCUAGUAGAUUUUUUAAUGGGCAGGAUGAUUCGUCUGAGUUCGAAACCCUUCGACAAGAUAUACCUAGUGACGUCAAAUGGUGUACUGAAGCACUAGACAAAUCACCGGAAGCUGUAAAUGUAUGGAUAGGAGACGGUGGCAGUAUCUCAAGUAUACAUAGCGCAGAUCCGUACGAAAACAUAUACACUGUAGUCCGCGGUCAAAAACAUUUCACCCUUUUGCCGCCCACAGACGGGUGGUGUUUGGAUGAGCGUUUCUAUCCACACGCGACCUACGUGCGGAAUGCUGGCGAUUUGGUUCUACAGCCGUCUCCAGAAAUUUCACCUCCCAUUCGUUGGGCUUCCAUCCUAAAUCCUCAUCUUCCAGGAUGUACUCCUCCCGAAGCACAUCCGAUUCAUAUAUCAGUUUCGGAAAAUGAAGCAAUAUACAUUCCCGUUGGGUGGUGGCAUCAUGUCAGGCAAUCUGGCAUUACCGUAGCUCUGAAUUGGUGGUACGACACGGAAAUGCGAGGGAUGUCAUGGGUGAUGUUAUCCUAUCUGAGGGAUAUGAAAGACGUUCCAUCAGGUAACACCGACAAUGAGGGGUCAAAAACGGUUGUGUGA